GGGAGCGGCUGCUGCCAUGUUGUGUGGAGGUGCCUCGGCGGCUCGGCCCGCCACCGACGAGACACAGCAUAUCGCGAACGAGGUGAAGCCUCAGCUGGAAGAAAAAGAAGGGAAAACAUUUGAUGUCUUCACUGCAGUAGAGUUUAAAACUCAGGUGGUUGCUGGAACCAACUACUUCAUCAAGGUCCAUGUUGGCAAUGAUGACUUCAUGCACCUGCGUGUGUUCAAAAGCCUUCCUCACGAGAAUAAGCCUCUCAGUCUCCACAGCUACCAGAGCAGCAAGGCAAAGCAUGAUGAACUGUCUUAUUUCUAGCCAGCUUAUCUAGUGGUUUUUAUAAUGGUUUCUUGUGUGUGCUUCCUAGAGGCUGCACAAUGUUGAUUCCAACAUUGCCAACAAAGGAGCAAAGAAAGUGUCUUUUUUUAAAACUUAAUGCUGGAGGAAAAAAAAAAUCCAUUUCUUUUAUGCUACUCCCUUACUGUGCAGUACCUAAACAAUAGAGUUGCACAGAUCUGCUUUCACCUACACUAACUCUUAACCCACAUAGCUGCACUGGCUUCAGUGCAUCUUAACAGGAAUUCUGUGACUGGGUUCUAUUUGUAGAGUUCCUUGGUCUGGGAAUUGAAGGGGAAGUGACAGUCAUGUAUUCAGAGCAAAGAGGAAGAGGAAACCCAGAAUCUUUUCUGAGCUGUCCGUGUAUCUGUAGAUUUAAACUGGACUGUGUAUUUCAUUGGAAAAGGCCUGCAGAGAGACUGGAGAUGAAGCGUUCGAGGAAGAGGGGUUUUGGAGUCUAAUGAAACAAACAUUCCCUUGGUAACUGCGUUUAGGCUCUUGGAGCAGUAGGAUGUAAAGACCGGCAGAGGGCGUAGGAGUUUAAGGUAAAACCCAGUUUGUUCAUUCUCUCAGUCGUAAGGGAAAGCGCUGGAAAGGCAUUUUAGAUGUA